CGAGGGGUACCGUGGCACUGCAUUAGCUCAACUUCAGAUGUCAUUCGAGGUACAAUGCAAUACCUAGCAGUAGCACUCAAUAGUACUGCAAUAUUAUACUGCACGUGUACCUACAGUACAACUCCUCCAUCCUUCAAUACUCAAGAGUCAAUACUACUAACCUAGUGCAAUAUUCAAACAUUGAAGUCCUUUCUUGCUUUGCUUUUCGGUGCAUGCUAUCUUGCCUAAUUUACAUAGUUCUCUUGAAGUCCGCCCUUCCUGGGCGAUAUUUCACUUUAUAACAACGAUGUGGCCGUGAUUGACUACGAACAAACAAACCUGAUGUCUGCCAUGUUUUCAUCCUCCGGUAGCGGCAAGAAGCCGCCUACCCAACAGGAAAUGAUCCAAGUUGGUACGUAUUCGUGCUUGACCUCGCCCUUUGAUUUGCGACUCAAUGCGCUCAUACGGCGCUCAUCUUGACACGAAGGAAACUAGCUCGCUAACCUAUGUCGCUCGUAUUAAUAGAACGGUCUGAGUCAGCUUCGCCGUUCUGGCGGGCUCAAAAAGAAGGCGCUCCGAAGAGAACUGGUCGAGAUCCUAAUAUGGUCGUGGGGGCUUCCUAUUCUCAUGCCGAUAUUCUCAAGUUUGAUACUAUGAAUCUCUCAGGUUCCUCUUCCCGCCCCAGGACCCCUCCUUCCUCGUCCUCUCCACAGAGGAUCCGAACCAGUGACGUUAGCUCGCCGGCACCAAAAGCCUCGUCUGGUUUGUCGUCGCCUCCGCUGAAAACAUAUUUCAACUUCUUGUCAAACACGAACCGAGACUGGGAUGUUGACGAUGCCGAACUGCCAGAUGGAGAAGACAUGUUUGGGUAUGAAGACGACGAUGGAGACGAAUUCGGCCUUCCGAGCUUAUCGAAUAUGAAACGACGAUCCCGAAAAUCGGCUGCCGCUCGGAGUAGUGCCUCUUCUCACGCUCAACGAACACCAUCCGAAUCCGCGCUCGGUUUCCCACGGAGGCGGUAUUCGAACAGUGCCGACAUAGCAAUCGAACGACCAGCACCAACGUACCCAAUGCCGAAAAAAAGCGAGGGGAAAAUACUGCGACCACAAUAUAAAGACAUCCUCAAGGACCCGGCUAAUGCUCUUCAUCUUAUCGAUCAUCCCGCGACUCCAGCUAACGCGACUCCCAAGGAGAUCGACGCCAUCAACUCUCGCAUAACAAAGAUUAACAAAUUCAAAAAGAUCCUUCAAGCCAGCACAAUACCAUUAACAGAUCUCAGGGCUUUGGCGUGGGGUGGCGUCCCUAGCGAAGUUCGUGCUAUGACAUGGCAACUCUUGUUGAGUUAUUUGCCAACUAGUAGCGAAAGGCGUGUCGCUACGCUUGAAAGGAAGCGCAAGGAAUAUCUUGAUGGGGUGCGUCAAGCGUUUGAGCGAGGAAGCACUAACCCAUCCUCCAGUGGCCGGUCAAGAGGACUCGAUGAAGCAAUAUGGCAUCAGAUUAGUAUCGAUGUCCCUAGAACCAAUCCCCAUAUCGAGCUAUACAGCUACGAAGCGACACAGCGGUCACUGGAACGGAUCUUAUACCUUUGGGCAAUUCGACACCCGGCAAGCGGGUACGUGCAAGGCAUCAAUGACUUGGUAACACCCUUUUGGCAGGUCUUUCUGGGUACUUACAUCACAGACUGUAAUAUUGAUAGCGGCAUGGAUCCGGGCCAGUUGCCUAAAGCGGUACUUGACGCAGUAGAAGCCGACUCGUUUUGGUGUUUGACAAAACUGCUAGACGGGAUUCAAGAUCAUUAUAUCGUCGCUCAGCCUGGCAUUCAACGACAAGUUGCUGCGCUUCGCGAUCUAACUGCUAGGAUUGACGAAGGGCUUGCCAAGCAUCUCGAGAGUGAACAUGUUGAAUUUAUUCAGUUCAGUUUUCGCUGGAUGAAUUGUCUUCUCAUGAGAGAGAUCAGUGUCCGGAAUACGAUUCGAAUGUGGGAUACUUAUCUGGCUGAGGAGCAGGGCUUCUCUGAAUUCCAUUUAUACGUGUGUGCGGCCUUCCUAGUCAAAUGGUCGUCUAAGCUGGUCAAGAUGGAUUUCCAGGAGAUCAUGAUGUUCUUACAGGCAUUGCCCACGCGCGACUGGACCGAGAAAGAUAUCGAACUGCUGCUUAGUGAGGCUUACAUUUGGCAAAGUCUAUUCAAGAAUUCGGCUGCCCAUCUAAGGGGCGGACCUAGUCGAGCUCCAACAACCAACCUACAGUUAUGAUGGGAAUGUUUACCUAUGUUUGGCACUAUUCAUCAUCGUUUCAAUAUACCACUCUAACAACAGGAGCAAUCAGGGUUAAGGAGAGCCCC